CGGUCGGCGGCCCACCUUGAGUGGGCAGGUUCAGUCAUCAGUGGCUGCGGUUAGGUCCCGUCUCUAGCGUAUUUGCGUCUUGUGCCGGUUUACUCGCCAGUUCAAUAAGUGCGUUCACAGCGUUCACUAGAAGCUAAAGCCAGCGAAUAUGAUUAGACUGAAGACAGCGUUGUUAUACGCGAGUUACAUUAUAUUAUUUGUCAUCGGUUCGGAUGCUGCUCUGUCUGGACUUUAUAUCGAUAAUGGUGUCGAUCAAACUGUGAUACAUCAUUCCAUGACGCGACAUGAACGGCAAGCCGUUGAACACGAAAUCUUAGAGCUUUUGGGUCUAGGUGAGAGACCCCGGCGAUCACAAGCCCCUCCUUUAGAUCGCUCGGCACCGAGUUUCCUACUUGAUGUAUACAAACAACUAGCGGAGGAACAUGAGCAGGCCAGACCUACUCGCAGUUCCGAAAUGGCUCUCAGUGGUGAGGAACAACAAGCUAUCGAUGAAAGUGAUCUAAUUAUGACAUUCCAGAGUAAAAAACAUCACCUGGGUGCAUUACGACACGGACAUGGAAGACAUGUCUGGUUUGAUGUAGCGAGUGCUCCGGGGGACGCCUCUUCUCUCCUCACGGCAGAAUUACGCUUGCAUCAAGCUCCUGUACAUACAGAAGACCCGACGGCAUUGUACACUGUUGUCGCGCAUCGAGUUAUAAGUGUUGAUAAUCUGGGAGGCAUUGAAAUGGAACGUAUCGCUGCAGUGAACACUAGUAUAGGAGCUGAAGGCUGGUUGGAGCUUAAUGUAACGGGAGCGUUGGCAACUUGGCUUGGCGCACCUGCUGAUAACCGCGGUUUCUUUAUAACCUUACACCCGCAUUCGCAACCAGAACGAAAUGUGAAACCAGAAGAAAUAGGAUUAGAUGAGACCCACGGUGCUAACUCUGAGGGAAAGCAACCUUUUAUGGUAGCAUUUUUCAAGCAUGGUCCCAAGCUUGGUAGCUCUGAUACUGGCGCUAGACGAAAACGCGAGGCAAGACGUUGGCGGAAUAAUGGAUAUUCUGAAAACUAUUUGAGGAAUCCUUUAACAGAUACGUCGCAUUGGACAACCAGAAGCUGCGAAAUACAAACACUUUACGUUAGCUUUAAGGACUUAGAAUGGCAGGAUUGGAUCAUCGCGCCUGAUGGUUAUGGAGCUUUUUAUUGCAGCGGCGAAUGCAAUUUUCCACUAAACGCACAUAAAAAUGCAACGAAUCAUGCAAUAGUACAGACAUUGGUCCAUCUUUUAAAUCCCACUCAGGUUCCAAAGCCGUCAUGUGCUCCAAUCAAGCUUUCUCCAAUUUCAGUGCUUUACUACACAGAUGAUUCAAAUGUUAUAUUGCGCAAAUACAAAAAUAUGGUAGUAAAGAGUUGUGGGUGUCAUUAAUUUACAAGAACAAGAUAUUUUUUAAUUAAUGUACAAGAAUUGGUGAUUUUAUAUGUUGACGGCCAAAACUAGUCGUGAUGUUUUAACAAAUUGAAUUAGGUAGCUUAUUAUAGAUUAUCAGGUUUUAAUCAAACAUUUAUUUUUAAAUUAUACUUCUACUCGCACAAUAAUUAAAUGAAGUCAAGUAGCUUUUAAAUUUGAUAAUUAUAUCGAAGUAAUCAUAUUAAACACAUUUGCAAUUAAUAAUGAGGGAUUUUUUCAUUAGUUGAUAGUAUUGAAUGUUGCAAGAUAAAAUUAUUUAACUAAAAAAUUUUUAAUCUGCAAAAAUAAAUACUCAAUGAUAUCAUUACUCUGUCCGAUUAUUUGAUAGAGUAUUUAAUUUUUCAAGUGUCAUAAAUCAUUUAAAUGUACGAAUAAGCUCAUCUUUGUCCGUAUGUUAUACCAAUUUACACCAGUGGUUCUCAAUCUUUUUGAUAUCAAGGACUAUACUAUGAUACUAAACUUUUAUAUUUUUAUGAGUUGAACAUUUUUAAAUUCAAGAAUCAAAAAGGGAGCACUAUUUUUAAUAUGGAAUAAUAAUAAUAAAAAAAUCAUAUCACGUCUAAUUAUUAAUUUUCAUAUAAGAAAUUGUACCAUAUACGUUUUUUUAGAAAGGCCCGUAAAAAAAUAUAAAAUUUCUUUUGUGCUUAAUUUUCAUGCGUAACAGCUUCACGGAGAAUCGAUGUUUUGCGGAAUAUGGUUUGAGAGCCACUGACGUGUAAUAUAAAAACGUGACCUUUUUGGAGUCCGUGAACACUUGUUAAGACAAGUCCGCAAUGAACAUGUAUAUUGCACAUUCACAGAAGUAUCGUAUGAAAUAUAUAAGUCAAUUAUUAUCCUAUUCUAUUAAUGACAACUUUAAUACUUUUUAUAUAUUUUCUUAUUAUAUAUGAUAAUUAUGUAUUGUAAAAUAUAUUGUAUUUAAGAUAAAAGUACAAAUAAAUAUGAUUUGAAUUUCAUCAACGAUACAAAGCAUUAGUAAUAAUAAUCUUGUAACAUUUAUAUAAUAUGUUAUAUAUGUUAAAAUAUUGUAUUUAUUUGCAUUCACGACAAUAAAUAAGGCCUUUCGACUGAUGGUGACUGAUGCUUUAAUAUUUACGUAAAAAUUCGUGACAAUUUUAAAAAGCAUUAAUACUAAUCGAGUGAAAAAUAUCUUUCUAACUUUUUAAUUAUCAUUUUAAUGAUAGUAAUCAGUGUUCAUGAUUUUAAUUUAAGUAUUGUCCGAUUUUAUUUUUAAAUUUUCGCAUCACAAUCAAUAAAUAAUUAGUUAAUAGGUUUUUUAAGGAUAAAGAUGUAUUUAUGUAAAAGAUCUGAAUGAACGGCUAAUAAAAAUAAGAAAUUGAA